AUGAGGCAGAGCCAAGAGCUGAAAGGCGGGCCUCCAUCAAGUCCAGCUGAGGCGGGGUUCUCACGCCGGGGGCGGAGCUUUGGGCUGAAGAGCGUGGCCGGCCCGAAGGUGGCGUCGCUGUCCGGGAGCCACCGGGUCCGCCGGCUGUCCUCGCUGGGCCGCGUCGCGGUGGUGGUGGACCAGGGCUCGGGCUUCACCAAGGCGGGCUUCGCGGGCGAGGAGCAGCCGCGCCUGGUACUGAAGAGCUCCAGCCUGGUACCCAGCUGGGACCGGCCCGUGCUGCCCGGGGCGCCCGGCUGCGAGCUGGCGGGCGGCGUGGCGCGGGCGCACCCCAUCAAGCACGGCGUGGUGGUGGACUGGGAGGCGCUGGAGGGGCUGUGGGAACGCCUGCUGGUGGGCGGCCUGCGGGUGUGCCCAGAGCAGUGGCCGGUGCUGGUGAGCGACUCGCCGUCGGCUCCGCCCGCGGGCCGCGAGAGGGUGGCCGAGCUGCUGUUCGAGGCCCUGGCGGUGCCCGCGUGCCACAUGGCCAGCAGCGCGUUGCUGGCGCUCUGCUCUGUCGGCGCGUUCAGCGGGCUGGCCUUGGAGGCGGGCGCGGGCGUGUGCCACGCCACACCCAUCUAUGCGGGCCACUCGUGGCACGAGGCCACCUUCCGGCUGGACGUGGCAGGCAGUACACUGUCGCGCUACCUGCGGGACCUGCUGGUGGCAGCCUGCCCCGACCAACGACUGCAUGCCCUGCCCCGCAAGGUCAUCACACAGCUCAAGAAGCACUGCUGCUGUGUGUCACUGGACUUCGAGGGUGACCUCCGUAACCCUGCCCGCCACCAUCCUGCCAGUUUCUACUUAGGCAAUGGGUGCUCUGUCUGCCUCAGCAGCGAGCGCUUCCGCUGCCCGGAACCCAUCGUCCAGCCGGGUCUGCUAGGCCAGGCUGAGCCAGGACUGCCCACCCUGGCUUUCCGGGCACUGCAGAGGAUGCCGGCAACACUACGGACACGGCUGGCCAACACCGUGGUGGUGGCCGGUGGCUCCACGCUUUUCCCUGGCUUCACUGGGCGCCUGGAGAUGGAGCUGGAAGCCCAGUGCCGGCGGCAUGGUUAUGGGGCACUGCAGCCUCGCCUGGUGGCCAAGCCCGGGCGUGGCACAGCAGUGUGGACAGGCGGCUCCAUGGUGGCCUCACUGCGUUCCUUCCAAUGCCACUGGAUGACCCGGGCCAUGUACCAGGAAUGUGGCUCCAGGCUGGUGCACGAAGUGUUCAACUGACUCAUGUUGGACUGGAGGGGGUGGCGCCACGAUGGGGGUGUGCAGAGGCAGA